AUGCGCGUAUUCGUCUGCGCUUUAUUCUUCGUGGCUGUGUUUCUUCCUCAAAUCGUACGAGCGUUUGAGCUCGUGGUUUUUGGGAACGAUUUCGACGCUUUGAAGAGGUUGCAAAAGCAUCAACACCAUGGUUUGAGCAAUCGAGACGAAGCGAUGGGAACGAGUUUAGGUAGUGAGAGCGCCGAGGAAGAAGAAGAUGAAGGAGGAGGAGGAGCGGUCAGAGAUGAUGAUGUUUUGGUACCGCACGAAAAAGACGCGAAGCUUCCCGUCGUCGCCGUCGAAGAAGAAGGAAGAGAGGAGGAGGAGGACGAAAACGAGAACGGCGACGAUGGAGGUAACGAUGAGGAAGGGAAUAGUCGUAGUAAUGGAGGAGGUGAUGAGGAAAACGAAGAGGAGAGUGAAAGCACGAAGCGCGCGCGCGCGAAAUUAUUGAACGAUCCAUUAUUGGAAGUGUUUGCAAAGAUUUCGCCCGAAGUCGUUGCAAAUUUGAGCGCGAUAGGCGACGACGACGACGAUGCAAAAGACACGAUUUCGCCCUCGGUGAUCGAGCAGAUUUUCAAAGCCGCGUUUGUGGAGAGCGACAGCGGCGACGCGGUUUUGACCGGGCAAACUUCCAGCGGAAAGAACUACCUCGAGAAGAGCGACGCCGACGACGAAGAGAAGAAGAAGAUAUUGAAACGGUUGUUGCCAAAGUUGUUGUCCGAAGAAAUCGCGCUCGCUAAGAAACAACUCUCCGAAGACGAAGCCUUGGCGAAUCUCGUCUUCCCGAAGAAACCGGAAGUCGUGGACGGCAUUCGCGACGCCGGAGGAUUACGGUCGGAUGAAAUCUCCGACGCCGAAGCGCGAGUAAUGAUUGAAAGACGGUUUGCCAACGCCUACACGAAUUCGCAAUCGGAAGGUUUAGCGAAUGAUGUAGACGCUACCGCGGAUGCCGAGGCGAAGAUGCAACAACUCGACGCUGAAAAUCUGUUGGAAAGCGAGAAAGCCCCCUGGGACGCGAGCGAAGAGUACGCGCAACAAAACAUCAGGAAAGAAGGGCGAGAUAACACCGAAUACGAAUUCGUUGGCGGCGAAUGGAUCGCGGUGGAGAUUAAAGAUUCCAAAAUUCGGUCCGAAGAAGAAAAGAAAGUCGUGCAAUACGAACGCGCUGAAAAGCAAGAGGCGAAAGAGGAUAGGAAAGAGUGGUUGAUUUCGAAAUUAGAAAACGCCGGUUUGUCGCGAGCGACGGCGAUGGCGAUUGCGGACGGUAGAAUGUCGGACGUCAUGAAAGGCGGGAAAAUGUCCGUGGAUGAGCUCGUUCAACGUGAAAAGCGUUUACGCGCGGAAAGAUUAGCCGAAAUCGCGGACAUUGAAGGCGUUGCCGAUCAAGACAUGAUUGACGACGGCGAGGAAGAUCCGAACAAAGAAAUGACGUGGUUCGAUCGACCGUCGAUUAAAGCCAAGUUAUCGCACAAAAGGUUCGUGCAGUGUAAGAAAGAGCAGGAAGAGGAAAUGCCGAGCACGGAAGGUAUACCGAUGCCAACUUUACCGGUGAAAGAUUACAUGUGGAAACCGAACUCGAAUCCGAUUCCAGGGACGGAGGAAUUUGACGCCGGGCCGAUCGCGUUGGAAGCGGCGGUUUCGUCGAACAUGCGAGCGCAUAAAAAAUCGGCGAGACAACGCGCGCCGGUGAAAAAAGGCGAGUGGGGAACGUGUGCAGUCGUCGGUAACAGCGGGUUGUUGCGUCUUUCUGAAUACGGAAAGGCAAUCGAUUCACACGACGUCGUCGUUCGAUUGAACCAAGCGCCGCAAAGAGGGUAUUCGCGCCGAGUUGGUUUGAAAGUCACGCACCGCGUUUUGAAUCGAUUGUGGACGAGAAACUACUAUUCUGGCGCCUCUAAAAUACGGAACAAAGCGGUCGAACAACAUCCACUAGAACAAGGGUUAACUUUGUUGAUAUCCCGAGCUACUUUGAAAGAGUACGGCAAUUUAGCCUCGCAACUCUUCGAGACGAGGAAAGAUAUCUUAGCCGUUCGAAUCUCCUCGAGAGCGACGUCGAUGGCGGCGCCGAUAUUAGAGCAUUACCGAGAACGAUUGUGUCGAAGCGGUUUUGGGCCGUAUAAAGGUUUGAAUGUCCCUUCCUCCGGAUGGGUUUGCGCGAACAUGCUCACCUCGUUGUGUUCAAAAGUUACCGUCUACGGUUUCGGCGUCGAAGGUUUAGCAAAGUUUUCUCGAGGUAUCGGCAUCGGCGUCAACGAAACCGCGAAGGAUGAAAAACAUGCCGAACUAAAUUACCAUUACUUCCACGGUUUAGGCGCUCGAAAAGAAGGCAACGACGUUCACUGCUUCGAUAACGAAGAACGAACGUUCGAGGCAUUGUCGCAACCGCCGGCGAGUUUGUGGGAAUUCUGCAAGUACAAAGACGACGGCGGAGAUAGAAACUGGAAUUGCGGGUGUCAACACGCAAACAUAGAAAAAUGCAGACUGGACAAAUUAGAAGGCGAUUACGCCGGGUUAGAAGACAGCACGGAUUGUACGCCCGGGGAGGAUUGUCCCGAAGACGAGGUGAAGAUGAAAGCGGCUUUGGUUUUGAAAGAAGCCGCGAGGGAAGCAGAAAGGGACAGUCGACGCGGGAGUAGUGGACAUAGCAGUAGCAGUUCGAGUAGUAGUUCGACCCGAAGUCGUCGCGUCGGACCGUUGUGGUAA